AUGGAGAGUGGAGUGCAAGGACGCAUAUGGAAAAUCUGGUGGAUUGUCUUGUGUUUUUCUUUGUUGCUGUCCAUCUUGGAGCAGGUUUCAGCUCAGAUAAGGUACUCUAUUCCUGAGGAGGUCAAAGAGGGAUCCGUGGUGGGAAAUAUUGCUAAGGAUUUAGGUCUUGAUUUGAGUACGUUGGCGAACAGACGGUUCCGUAUUGUUUCUGGAUCCAAAGAUGCAUUUUUUCAGGCUAAUCAGAACAAUGGCGUCAUGUAUGUUCAGAAGAAAAUCGACAGAGAGGGGCUAUGUGACGGAAAUGGUGCUUGUUUGAUAAAUCUGAAAAUUGCAGUUGAAAACCCUCUAGAAAUUCAUCAUGUUGUCGUCGAAAUAACAGAUAUCAACGACAAUGUUCCCAGUUUCUCCGAAACGCAUCAACAUUUUGAGAUAGCUGAACAUACCCCUAUAGGAACUAGCUUCCAGCUGCACGCAGCACGCGACCAGGAUACAGCGCCGAAUUCUAUUCGCAAUUAUAAGUUAAGCCAGAAUGACAAUUUUGAAAUUGAUACAAAGACCAGUGAUGAGGAUAAAAUACCAUUCUUGGUUUUAAGGAAACCGCUUGAUCGUGAACAAACAGCCGAUUAUCAGCUACUUGUUACAGCGAUAGAUGGUGGAAAUUCCCCCAAAACAGGUACCCUCAAUAUUACUGUUAAGGUUCUUGACAUAAAUGAUAAUCGUCCUGUAUUCAGUCAAAAUACAUAUUCUGCAACAUUACAAGAAAAUGCACCAAUUGGCACAAUCGUAAUUAUAGUAAAUGCAACUGAUCGUGACCAAGCCUCCAACGGUGAGAUUGAAUACACUUUUGCUAAAACUUUAAAGCGUAAAGUUUAUGAUGUUUUUCAAUUAGACGGUAUUACAGGAGAAAUACGAGUUAAAGGCGAAGUGGACUUUGAGGACACAGAGGUUUACAAAUUAGAUAUACAGGCUUCGGACAAAGGACAGCCUCCUCUGACAGUAGAAAGCAGAGUAAUCAUAAAGAUUUUAGACAUAAAUGACAAUAAACCAGACAUAGAAGUGACGUCACUAUCAAAUGUUGUUACAGAAGACACCAAACUUGGCACAGCCAUCUCUCUCAUCAGUGUCUCUGACAAGGAUUCUGGAAUAAAUGGAAAAGUUGUGUGUAGCCUGUCAGAUGGUGUUCCUUUUGAACUGAAACCAUCUUUUCAAGAUAACAUGUAUUCAUUAGAAACAAAAGAAAAAUUGGACCGUGAGAUUAUAUCACGUUACGACAUCAUUAUAACAGCCACAGAUUUAGGAAAUCCUCCGUUAUCCAGCAUAAAAACAUUGAGCGUACUGGUAUCAGAUGUAAAUGACAACACACCAGUAUUUCCUCAAAGGUCUCUUGACCUGUAUUUGCAGGAAAAUAACACUCCUGGUGCCUCCGUAUUUUCAGUGAGAGCAUUUGACAAAGACUCCGAUGACAACGCAGCGAUAUCCUAUAACAUAGUGAGAGGUGAUGGAGGACAAAAUGAUAUGGCUUCAUUUAUAAAUAUUAAUUCUGAAACAGGCGUUAUUCAUGCUCUCAAAAGUUUCGACUUUGAAACAGUCAAAACGUUCCAGUUCCACGUGCUCGCUAUUGAUUCUGGAACUCCACCACUGAGCAGCAACGUCACAGUGAACGUGUUCAUUCUGGAUCAGAACGACAACGUUCCAGUGAUCUUAUAUCCAGUCAGCUCUAACGGAUCUGCUGAAGGUGUGGAGGAGAUUCCUCGCAAUGUGAACGCAGGACAUUUGGUGACUAAAGUGAGAGCCUAUGAUGCAGAUAUAGGAUACAACGGCUGGUUGUUAUUUUCCCUUCAGGAAGUGAGUGACCACAGUCUGUUUGGUUUGGACCGCUAUACAGGACAGAUAAGGACCCUUCGCUCAUUCACAGAAACAGACGAGGCUCAGCAUAAACUGGUCAUAUUGGUCAAAGACAAUGGCAACGUUUCACUUUCAGCAACAGCGACUGUGAUUAUCAAAGUUGUGGAGCCCAAAGAGGCUUUUGCAGCUUCUGAUGUUAAAAACGCAGUAAAAGACGAGGAGGACAAUGACGUCACAUUUUAUCUGAUCAUCACUCUGGGCUCAGUUUCAGUGCUUUUUGUGAUCAGUAUCAUUGUGCUGAUUGUAAUGCAGUGCUCCAAAUCUACAGACUAUUCCUCCAAGUACUUACAAGAUACAAAUUACGACGGAACACUGUGUCACAGCAUCCAGUACAGAUCAGGAGAUAAACGAUACAUGUUAGUUGGACCCAGAAUGAGUAUCGGUUCUACUAUAGUCCCAGGCAGUAAUGGGAAUACUCUAGUGGUACCAGAUCGCAGGAGGAGAACUUCUGGAGAGGUGAGACUUGACCUUCAUAGUGUUUUCCAUCUGCCGUUUCUCAAAAUAUUAUGA